AUGUCUCCGAUAUUCUGGAACAUCUUAGCUUUGAGCUCGAUCGUGAGCGCUGUACCCAAUGGGCACCUGGUGCCUAGAUCAUCGAGUUCAGCGCCUGUCGCGACUACGCUGAAUGGAUCAUACUAUGGAACUCAUUCUUCGACUUACAACGAAGACUUGUUUUUGGGGAUUCCGUUUGCUCAACCACCGCUUCAAAACUUGCGAUUCAAGAAUCCUCAGUCAUUGAACUCGACGUGGAGUGGAGCUCUGCCAGCGACUAACUAUGCUUAUGAAUGCAUCGGUUAUGGAACUGAUCAGAUUGGUUACCAGCAGAGUGAAGACUGUCUGUAUCUUAAUGUAGUCAGACCCUCCGGCUACAAGAACACAAGUCUCCCUGUGGCAGUCUGGAUCCACGGCGGCGGCUUCUCCGAGGGAGGAACUCCAGAUCGUCGAUACAAUCUGUCAUUCAUCGUAGAGAACUCGGUUUCAAUAGGAAAGCCCAUCAUCGGUGCUAGUAUAGCUUACCGCCUCGGACCUAUCGGUUUCUUGAACGGGGAUGCUAUUGCAAAUGCUGGAGCUUUGAACAUUGGGUUGAAAGACCAACGACUUGCUCUACAAUGGAUUCAUGAGAAUAUUGCUGGAUUUGGAGGUGAUCCAACGAAAGUCACGAUCUGGGGUGAAAGUGCAGGAGCUUCAAGCGUUGGUCUUCAUCUACUCGCUUUCAACGGCCGAGACGACAAACUUUUCAGAGCUGGUAUGAUGGAAUCCGGAAAUCCCAUCUUUGAAGGUCCUCUGAAUGGCACCGAAACGUACCAAGCACGAUACGAAUCUCUUGUUGCAGCAGCUGGAUGUGGAAACUGCUCAGACUCACUUCAGUGUCUCCGAGAGUUGCCGUUCUUCGUGCUCAACAACAUCCUCAACACCACGGACUUCAACAGUAAUUGGAAUCCUGCUCUCGAUGGCGAUUUCAUUGCACGUCUUGGAAGUGAACAGUUGGCUGAUGGAUCCUUCGUUCACGUGCCACUCAUUUCUGGCGCUAAUAGCGAUGAAGGAACGGCAUUCAGUCCUACAGGUGUGAAUACUGUAGAUGACUUCAUUGCCGCUAUUAACACAACGACAAGCGCUCAAUACGGCCUCCCUGAAAAUCUCGUCCAAGAACUAGUCUCGAUUUACUUCGACAACACCAGCUACGUGAUCCCCAGCGACGAGACACUCGGCGGCAACGUAACUCUCGGCGCCCCUUAUGGAGCCGAAUAUCGACACAGUGCCGCCUACUGGGGCGACGAAGUAUUCAUCGCUGCCCGAAGAUUGACAUGUGAAACCUGGGCAGCAGCCAACAUCUCAACAUACUGCUACCAAUUUAACGCCGUACCAGCCGGCAUCCCAUGGCCCAUUGAGGUUACUCACUUCCAAGAAGUCGCUUUCGUGUUCAACAAUUUGGAAGGAUUGGGUUAUGCUGUGAAUCCGUUUGCGAAUAAGAGUGAGAGCUACACCCAGUUGAGUGAUCUGAUGAGCAAGUCUUGGGCCAGUUUCGUUUAUGAUCUUGAUCCGAAUGGGUGGACUGGGAGAGAUGCUGCUGUACCGGCUUGGCCUGCUUACAGUCUUGAGGAGCCUAUGAAUAUUGUUUGGGAUGCGAAUGUUACCAGUCAUACGGAGCCAGAUACCUUCAGAGCGGAGGGAAUCAAGCUCCUUAACGAGAACUGGGGGUUGUUCGUGCGAUAG